AUGUCUUCAAAUCUCCUUCCAAAAGGUAACAACCUCUCCUUCACCGAUCAAAUUUGUAUCAUUACUGGUUCAGCCAGAGGUCUCGGAAAAUCCCAUGCUUUAGCCUUUGCUGCAUGUGGAGCAUUUGUUGUAAUUCAUGAUGUUGAUGAAAAGGCAGCCAAGGAAACUGCUGAUUAUAUUAAUAAGACUUUUCCAACCAAUGCAACUUAUCCAAGAGCCAUUCCUUGCAUUCAUUCCAUGACAAAUCCAGAAGGACCACCAAGGAUUAUUCAAGAUGCAUUGAAAUCAUUCUCUCCUCAAGCUAAAUUGACCAUGCUUGUGAAUAAUGCUGGAAUUUUGAGGGAUAAAUCAUUUGCAAAUAUGAGUGAACAACAAUGGGAUCAAAUUUAUCAAGUGCAUUUGCAUGGAGUCUUUUUAAUGACAAGAGCUGCUUGGAAUGUUUUCAAAACACAAAAGUAUGGUCGUGUAAUUUUCACAACAAGUGCUGCCGGAUUGUUUGGUAAUUUUGGACAAGCUAAUUAUGGAGCUUGUAAGGAGGCAUUGUGUGGAUUGGCUAGAACUCUUGCUAUUGAAAGUGAUAGAAUUGGAGAUGUUUGUGUGAAUUGUGUGAGUCCUCUUGCAGGAACUCAAAUUUUGCAACAAUCCAAUGUGGACAAGGAUUGGUUGGAUGCUCUCAAGGUUGAAAUUGUUUCUCCAUUAGUCUUGUUCUUGUGCAGUUCUAAAUGUAAGGAAAAUGGACAAAUCUAUGAAGUUGGUGGAGGUGUCAUUACCAAAGUGAGAUAUGAAAGAGGUAUUCCAUUCUAUUGUGAUACAAUUGAGGAUGCUUUGAAUACUGAACUUAUUGAAAAGAAUUGGAGUAAGAUCAAUUCAUUCUACAGUGUAAAUGGACCAGUGGAUGAGGAUAGUGGAUAUGUGAGAAAUCCUUCCAGUGCUGCUGAAAGUUUCCAAAAUAUCAUCAAACAUGCCACAAAUAUUGCCAAGAAUCAAGCCACUAGAAAGGUUUCAUCAAGUGAAACAGCACCAGUACAACAAUCAUCUGCUGCUCCAAGCAAACAAGGAAAGAAAGUAGUUGCUGGAUUGACCAGAGCUGAACAACCAAGUGAAGUCAAUAUUGAAGGAUAUCAAUGCUCUGAAAUCUUUGGAAGAAUGAUUUCUCUCUUCAAGGAACAUUCUGACUUGACUCAAAAGUACAAAGUGACCUAUGUCUUUGAUCUCAUCAACAAUUCCAACAAGACAAUUAAGAAACAAUGGACUUUAAAUAUGAAGAAUGGUGAAGAUUGUGGAGUUUAUAUGGGCGUACCAGAAUCAAAAGAAGGAGAAAAGGUAAUCGACUGUACAAUGACCAUGACAGAUGCCACUUGUUACAAGAUCAUGUCUGGUAAACUUGCUCCUCAAACUGCAUUCAUGACUGGUUCUGUGAAGGUCAAGGGAAAUAUUGGGUUGGCAUUGAAACUUGUCAAUCUUCAAAAACUCUUGAAUCAAAAUAAUCAAAAACCAUCCAAAUUGUAA